CAGCAGCGGGAGGCGGCGUGUGACAGUGUGACCUCACGUGUGUGUGUCGAUCCGCCGCGGCUCACCAUGGACUCGGUGUGUGGGCGCGAGUCGUCCGUGUCGCCGCCCACAGUGGUGGCGCCCGUGGCCCUCAAGGCCUCGCCCUUGAACGACGGCCAUCAGCCCGCGACGCCGACGGAACAGCAGCGGCUUCUGUACCAGCUGGCCCUGGCCGAGAGGCUGCGUCUGGCCUCCGCCGGUCUAGCAUGGGCCCGCCCGCCCCUCUCCGCCCACCCGCACGUCCCCCACCCGCACCACCCACAGGAGCACAGCGUGGUGGGCGGCAUGGUGGGCGGCCUUAUGGGUGGACCCUUCAUGGGCGGCCUGGGUGCCCCGCUAAUGGGAGGACUGGGAGGAGCGCUACUGGGUGGCGGGCAGGGCAGCGCGGCAGCAGCAGCGGCAGCAGCAGCAGCCGGGUACCCACCUGGCCACCCGCUACACGCGUACGGCUACCGCCUGGUAGACCCGCGCAGCCUGCUGCCCCGCGGGCCCGAGGAGCCCAAGCCGCAACACUCAUACAUCGGGCUGAUCGCCAUGGCCAUCCUGAGUAGCCCGGACAAGAAGCUCGUGCUCAGCGACAUCUACCAGUACAUCCUCGACAACUACGCCUACUUCCGCUCCCGUGGUCCCGGCUGGCGCAACUCCAUCCGCCACAACCUAUCCCUCAACGACUGCUUCAUCAAGGCGGGCCGCUCCGCCAACGGCAAGGGCCACUACUGGGCCAUCCACCCAGCCAACCUCGACGAUUUCAGCCGCGGCGACUUCCGCCGCCGCCGAGCACAGCGCCGCGUCAGGAAGCAUCUAGGUUUGGCCGUCGACGACGACUCUUCCCCGGAACCGCCCUCCCCCACGCCAGCACUAACUGCCGCCCACGACUCCCCCACGGCCGCCCACCUGCCACACACGACCGCCCUCACCGCCUCGGAUGAAGGGUCGCAGGCCCAGGCGUCGCUGCCACAGCCUCCCGUCGCUCGGAAACGACAGUUUGACGUAGCGAGUUUAUUGGCACCAGACGACAAACUUCCUAAAACCCGCCGCCAUGCGCCGGAACACGCCCACGACGCCGCCCACGACCACAGCGAGAUUGACGUUGUGUGCGACGACCCGGGCGACGAUCACCGCCCCGGAGCGCCCACCUCCCCCAGCCACACUCCUGCCGCCCCCGAAGACGAGGACGACGAGGAACCGCAGCCGUGGUCUCUGCUGGGGUGGGUGUCCGGGGCGCCGUGGCCACUGCCGCCCGUCAAACCUGAGGAACCCGACCCUCGUCCCGCCGCCCGAGACCCGCCGCCCGCCCAGUGAGCCGCGCCGCCGCCUCCCGCCGCUACGCCCUCAGGCUGCGGGAGGAGGCUCACCUGUGAUAGCUCGCCUCAUUGUCCUGUAAUUAUUAGUUUUUAUGAUGUGUAUUAAUAAAACUGACAACUGCUUAA